AAAGGAUUCGUGCUUGAUGCUACAGAUGGAAGAGGUAUCUUCAAUGCCACUAUUACUGUUGCUGACAUUGAUCAUCCUGUGACCUCUGACAAGGCUGGGGAUUACUGGAGAUUGCUAGUCCCUGGUACAUAUAAAGUUACAGCCUCUGCGAGAGGGUAUGUUCCUGUUACGAAAACCGUUAAUGUCACAGAAGGAGAUGCUAUAGUGACAAACUUCACACUUGCCCGCUCAGGUACAGAUAUGUCCAAGGAAGACAAAAGAAAAUUAUCUGUGGUAGAACCAGAAAAGCUAGACCCCAACACAAAGGAAUUUGAGACACUAAUCAAAGAUCUUUCUGCGGAAAAUGGUCUGGAAGGACUCUUGUUGUCAAGAUCAAGUGACAUAGAUCUGUAUCGAUAUAGGUCUUAUCAUGACCUUUCAGAAUCACUCCGUGGGCUAAAUCUUAAUUAUCCAAAUAUAACUAAACUUACAAGAUUGGGUCAGAGUGUUGAGUAUCGUUACAUUUGGUCUUUGGAGAUCUCCAAUAAACCAAAUGUGUCCGAGCCAGAGGAGCCAAAAAUCAGGUUUGUUGCUGGAGUCCAUGGCAACGCUCCAGUUGGCACAGAGUUGCUGUUGACGUUUGCAGAAUUUCUUUGCUUGAACUAUAAGAAGAACAGUGCAAUAACAAAGUUAAUUGACAGAACAAGAAUUGUUAUUGUGCCUCUUGUCAAUCCCGAUGGCAGAGAAAAAGCAACAGAGAAAGAGUGCAUCUCAAAAAUUGGACAAACCAAUGCUAAUGGCAAGGAUCUGGACAGUGAUUUCAUAAGUAACUCCUCUGGUCCUGUUGGUGAGAGGGAAAAAGAGACUAAUGUUAUUAUUGAUGGUUUAAUCUUGAAGCAAGAUUUCACCCUAUCUGUAGUUUUGGAUGGUGGCUCUCUUCUAGUUACUUAUCCUUAUGAUAACCCAGUGCACACAGUAGAGAACAAGGACACUCUGAAACAUUUGGCUUCUGUCUAUGCAAAUAACCAUCCUACAAUACAUCUGGGACAUCCAGGAUGCCCAAACAAGUCAGAUGAGAAUAUUCCUGGAGGAGUGAUUAGCGGAGCAGAAUGGAGGGGACAUCAAGGCAGCAUGAAGGAUUUCAGUGUUACUCAUGGUCAUUGUCCAGAAAUCACUGUGUACACUAGUUGCUGCUUGUUUCCUGGUGCUGGGCAGCUGAAGUCCCUCUGGACUGAGAACAAGAAAUCCCUUCUGGCCAUGCUAGUUGAGGUACAUAAAGGUGUGCAUGGUAUUGUAAAGGAUGAGAAGGGAAAACCUGUCCCUAAAGCCACGAUCAUCUUCAAUGAAGGAGUAAAAGUCUACACCAAAGAGGGAGGAUACUUCCAUGUUCUGCUUGCACCAGGUUACCAUAAUAUUAAUGCCAUUGCAGAGGGCUAUCAGCAGCAGCAGAAUACUCAGGUUCAUGUUCGACAUGAUGCAGCCAGCUCUGUUGAAAUAAUCUUUGUCAUGGAUAACCGUAUUUUUGGACUGCCCCGAGAGCUGGUUGUCACUAUUGCAGGGGCCACAAUGACAGCCUUGCUCCUUAUGGCCUGCAUUAUCUGGUGUGUGUGCUCCAUCAAGUCCAACAGACACAAGGACGGAUUCCAUCGACUGCGGCAGCAUAAUGAUGAUUAUGAAGAUGAGAUGCGCCUGAUGUCUGCAGGAUCCAAGAAAUCCCUACUAAGCAAUGAAUUCCAGGAUGAAACAGACACAGAGGAAGAGACAUUGUACACCAGCAAACAUUGA